CAUUCCGUUGCUGCGGGUAGCUGUGUGGCUGUUGCAGCCUGGCAGUGCCUGUGUGUGUGCGGCUGCACUGAGCGAAACAGCUUUGACAGCACCUAGUUAUACACAGAAAUGGCGGAGGGGGAGUUGGACGUUGACUCGUUGAUCUCCAGGCUCUUGGAAGUGCGGGGAUGCCGUCCCGGGAAGAUUGUGCAGAUGACAGAAGCAGAGGUGCGGGGGCUGUGCAUCAAAUCCAGAGAGAUCUUCCUCAGCCAGCCAAUCCUGCUGGAGCUGGAGGCGCCACUCAAAAUCUGCGGUGACAUCCACGGGCAGUACACAGACCUGCUGCGGCUCUUCGAGUACGGCGGCUUCCCCCCGGAGGCCAACUACCUGUUCCUGGGGGACUACGUGGACCGAGGCAAGCAGAGCCUGGAGACCAUCUGCCUGCUGCUGGCCUACAAGAUCAAGUACCCCGAGAACUUCUUCCUGCUGCGCGGCAACCACGAGUGCGCCUCCAUCAACCGCAUCUACGGCUUCUACGACGAGUGCAAGCGACGGUUCAACAUCAAGCUGUGGAAGACCUUCACAGACUGCUUCAACUGCCUGCCCAUCGCCGCCAUCGUGGACGAGAAGAUCUUCUGUUGCCAUGGAGGCCUCUCCCCCGAUCUGCAGUCCAUGGAGCAGAUCCGCCGCAUCAUGAGACCCACAGACGUGCCUGACACUGGGUUACUGUGCGACCUGCUGUGGUCAGACCCAGAUAAGGACGUCCAGGGCUGGGGGGAGAACGACCGUGGCGUCUCCUUCACUUUCGGCGCCGACGUGGUCAGCAAGUUCCUCAACCGGCACGACCUGGACCUCAUCUGCAGGGCGCACCAGGUGGUGGAGGACGGCUACGAGUUUUUCGCCAAGAGGCAGCUGGUCACCUUAUUCUCCGCCCCCAACUACUGCGGGGAGUUUGACAACGCGGGGGGCAUGAUGAGCGUGGACGAGACGCUCAUGUGCUCCUUCCAGAUCCUGAAGCCCUCGGAGAAGAAGGCCAAGUACCAAUACGGGGGCAUGAAUUCUGGGCGGCCCGUCACCCCACCCCGCACAGCCACCCCUCCGAAGAAGCGAUGAAGAGCGAGCGGGAGUGCGAGAGAGAGAGAGAGA